CCUACUUUGUAAACAAAUUCGAAACAGCUGUUAAUAAAGAAAAAUAUAUAUUUUUAUUUUUAUUAUAUAUAUAUGUAUAUACCUUAAAAAUUGUGGAAAAUACAAAAACUUUUGAAAAAUGGAUACAAUUGAGAGUGAAGAUCCAUUUGCUAUCGCGCAAAACAAGAAAAUAGACCCGAUAGAUAAUGAGGAUCCAUUUUCUACGGCACACAUGCACACAGAUUCCUUUGAAGUCACCAUAGAAGAUAUCAAUCGCUUGGAUGAAGAUGAUUCACUGGAUGAAAUCGACGGCAUUGAAGAUGACUUAACUAUAUUAGAAAUUGCCAUGGCAAAAGCCAUGGAAAAUGUGAAUCCCGCAAUCUUUAUGCAUCUACUAUGUCCGCGUUGCGGCGAAACUUUUCAUACAGCUGCACAUUGGCAACAGCACUUGCAUAAUGUGCACUAUUUUAACAAUUUAAAAAUGUUGCCGGGAACUGUAAACGAAGUUGAGAAAACGUAUCGCUGCAAAAAGUGUCAGAGCGAGUUUAAUUAUCUGGAAUACCGUAAAAUUCUACAGCAUUGCCUUUCGCAUAUGACUUUUAACGCUUGCUAUAAAUGCAGCUUAUGUGACCAUUUAGAAUGCACUAGCACAGCAAUGGUCCGACACAUCAGAAGACACAUGGAGGUGCAUAUGCUUAAGGCGAAAAUUAAUGGCAAACUAGUACGAAACAAACGAUUUUCUUUAAGCGAAGGCAUUGAUUAUGAGAAAUUUUUGAUCUAUAUGUGCCCGCAAUGCCAGACAAGCUUUAGAAAGCACGAAACUUGGUUGCAACAUAUCAACGAUAGACAUGCGCUUUUUGCGGAAGAAAAACUCAAAUUUAAAGCUAUAGAAAUGGACGAAUUGAUGGAAAAGAACUCUCAUCUCAAUACCACAUGCGAAACGUGUGGCAUCACAUUAGCAGCCGACAACUUGGAACAGUGUCAGCGCAAACAUUACCUUACGCAUCUCCGCAAUAGAUCAUUCCGUUGUGCAAUAUGCAAUUUGCACUUCAACUACAGCAAUGAGAUUAAGUUGCAUAUGUUAUUGAUGCACUGCAAAAACGCAACCACUUACGACGAAGCCAUUUUGCCGGGUAACUUGCGUCCCAGAAAUGCAAAAUUUGACAUGAAUAUCAAGUUCCUGCCGGAUAAAACAGCCAAAUAUCUGCAACACAUUGAAUUCAAUUGCCCGAUUUGUGGCGUUAAGUUUGCACAUCCCGACGAUUGGUGUACACACAUUAAUGAGAAUCAUGACUUCUUUAAAGCGCCUUAUAUGGCAUUAAUUAUAACCAAUUUCGGCGCGACACCCAAUGCAAAUAGGGCCUGCAAGAAACGACGUCUACAACCGUAUUGUGUUAUUUGUGAUCGCGUGUUGGAUGGGUGCAAAAGUUAUAUACAUUUAUGGACUGAACAAUUGCGCCAUGCGCCCUUUAGACCAUACAAGUGCACCAUUUGCAUGGAACAAUUCUAUUCAAUACGCAUUUUGAUGAAACAUUUUCGAGUAUUACAUACGAAUUUGGAUGGCAGCGUCAACAUUACACCAAAACAACGUAGAAUUCAAGCUAAGGAAACAUAAUUAAGUGAAAAUAUGCGAAAUUUAUAAAGAAAAAAUAAAUAAAAUAUAAGAAGUAAUCAUAAAUAAUCAUUUAUAAAUGAAAAAUAAUUAAAUCAUUUUAACAUUUCAAAUAUAGGCGAGAAUGCCUUGACAAAUGUGGUUGUUUUGUUUACAUUCAAUUUGAACUCCCAUAAACAGAUGUUAUUCAUUCACAAUAGUUCAGUUUGCCAGUUGUAACUUUGUAUAUUCAUUCAAGCAAUUGGUUAUGGUGAAUGUUUAUUUGAAGAAGAAGAACUAAGUGUAAAAAUAAAUGAAUAAAACUUGACUUGUGAUUGAUAAACAAAUGUCAUCACGAAUUUUUCUAUUAACUUCGAUUAUUUAUAUUAAUAAUGUCUAACAAGAAACAACAGCCUGCAUUUCAAGGGAAGGAAUGUUUCAGUCGUAUGAAU